AAAAUAAAUUUUACAUUAGUUUAUCGGAGUGAUUACAAAAGUAUAGGUUUGAAAUAUAUGCUAGCUCAAGUGACCAUCCUCAAUAAGAAGUAUAGAAGAAGUACUUAGACUUAUAAGAAGGCCGAGCCCACCGGCACUUAACACCAUCAACAACAGCACAAAGUUAGAACCUGAGUAACACUAGGUUAGUGUUUGUUAGGCGACCACUUGGCGAGUAUCCUUUGGCUUGGCACUCAUUCAGAUUAUCCAUCUUCCGGUUCGUCCAUCAGCUUCAUCCUGCGGAGUAGUCCACGCUUGGGGUCGACUUGGCUUGUCUUCCGCAUCACGCGAUUAAUUAACGUACCACAUCACAACUUGAUUUGGUAGUUGCCUGAACGACGGUGGCCUUCAGCUGAAGUCCUUAAUCGAACACCUGGCGAGCGUGAUCGACGAGCUAAGGCUGAGGCGAAGCUUGACGACGGGAUCGUGUUUGAAGCGAGCUGGUGAGGUGGGGGUCGAGCCAGGGAUGACGUGUUUGACGACUCGACGGCAAACGACACAACGACAUGAGCAGAAAGGCUUGGCCACGGUGGAGACUGAAUGGGUUGAUAGUGAGCCGGGCCACGACAGAUCAAGGCUGAGUCGCAGUAAUCCCAAAUUAAAUUAGAAGGAGACCGGCGAGCUGAAGGCGUUGAUUCUUGAAAAUCGGCGACCACCAGAUCGACAUCGGGGCUCGACAAACACGAACCGCUGACAUGCUUUGGUUCAAGCCUCUCGCCGAGCACCAGGUGAGCGACCUUCUACCCUUCGCUUUCUUCAACUAAUCUCCUCCUACCUCAUCAGCACACAGGCAAGUCGCUUACCACCGGACGGUCUGUGUGAGGCUAUAGUUAUCGCGACGAGGACGGAUCGGGGUGAGCAGCAACCGGCGCAUGACCAUAACAGGCGCCAACCGACCGAGUCCUGAUGGCCAGUAGCACGGGACUCAUGUUAUGGGGACAACAUUUUGACCACGGCGGUCGAAUCCUAGGCGAGCUUGCCAAACUCAGCGUGGAGGCAGAGGUCCGAUGACUGGGCGCAGAACUGGAGGGGAACCCGCAGCUGGGACACGCGAGGGAGCAGAGAGCUCCGGCAAGCUGCAGAUGGCCAGAGACGCGAGCAGGGACGGCGCGGGCGCAUCCACGACUGCUCCAGAUUUCCAAGAAGCAGGACCUCGACGCGGCUAGGAAACUUCAGGGAGCAGGGAGGAGUAUGACGGAGAGAGCUCGUGGUGGCACGUCCAGCAAGCUCGACGGGGACAGCACUCAGGCGCGGCUUGGGAAACGGCGUGGGGGAGGAGUCGGCCAGGGAGUUCAGGCUGCGCGCGCGCGUAAGGAACAGAGGGAGAUCCGAGCCGAGCAGAGGGAGCUUCAACGGCGCUGGGCAAUGUCGAGGGAGCGACUCAGGAAGGUGCUCCAUGGCGAGGGUCGCGGACGCACGGAGGAAGCCGAGCUGGAGUUCCGAGCAGAAGCAAGGAGUAGAAGUGGCCGGCGCCAGGACUCACGGCCAGGAGGUCCAUUCCAUGGGGCCGAGCAGCAAGCCGAGAGGGAGGGGCUGGGGCUGGGCGUGAGCUGGGCGAGCACCGGCACCACGGGAAAGCAGAGCUCCAUGGAUCCAGUAGAGAAGAAGACACACGCAGAGAAAGGGCCUCGGCCAGAGAGCAGCCAUGAGAGCAAGCUGCGUGCGGCCAGAGCUUGAGCACAAGGAGAUGCGAGCUGAGGGAGAGGUGGAAGAAGUCCGGCUGGAGGAGC